CUCGCGCCAAGACUGCUAGGCGGUUCAGUUCGGCUUGGUUGUUGUUUGGUUGGGAACUUUGGUUAAGUUUGUUUUUGCGCUGCUGUCGGUGAAGUCAUUAAGGCGAGGUCGUUCUCACUUAAGAGCAUCUUUUUAAGUAGAAGCUACGGAAAGGUCAACGGUUUUUCAAGUAGGUAACCUACACUAGUUCACACUAAUUACCGGAUGCGAAAUGAGUUCAACUGGACGAGAAGAUGAGAAAUUUAUUCUUUAUGGCGGUCCGGAUCCGGAGGAAUACCUGAGGGAUCGGUCGCUGGGAGAAAUGAUCGCCAAAGAGCUGGAAGCCGUGUCGGGGAACAUAGGACUGAUCGAUCCGGUGAGUGAGAUACAGCUCACGUACCAGACAAUAUUGGAGCGUUCAGUAAAAGUUGCCCAGGGGCUAGCGGCUGAUUUUGGAAUCAGAAAAUCGGACCACGUAGCGAUCGUUAGCGAGAACUGUUUGGAAUACUGUUUUGCGCUGUUCGGUUCAAUUUUCGUCGCAGCUCCGGUUGCCCUCUUGAACCCGGCAUAUGUGGAAGGAGAGCUGGAGCAUGGCUUGAAAUUGGCUCGCCCAAAGGCCAUUUUUAUCUCGCCGGAGAUUUUGGAUAAAAUGGUAAAAGUGGUGAGGCGACUAAAUCUUCCGGUGAAGUUGAUCGUCUUCGGAGAAGAUGUCAAUCUUUCCCUCUACCCGGAAGCUGUUAAAUUUUCCAGCCUCAUCAAUCGACCACCUCCGCUGGGAAAGUUCAGUCCGGCAGCUGUGAACGCCAAAGAUCAUGUAGCUCUGAUCGUUCUUUCCUCGGGAACUACUGGGUUGCCCAAAGGAGUAGAACUAACCCAUGCCAACAUUAUGACUACUGUGGCACAUUCCAAAGAAAAUGCUAAAAUUAUAGAGCUACCCAAUCAGUUGGUGGCACUGGCUGCAACGCCACUAUUCCACGUUGUAGCUGGCGUAGGGCUCAUCAAUAUGGUCACCAACAACUGCCGAUGCGUUCUGAUGCCAAAGUUUGACGUUCAUCUUUUCCUGGACAGUAUUCAAAAGUACAAAGUCAAUCUGAUGACUGUCGUUCCUCCGUUGAUGGUUUUCCUAGCGAAACAUCCCAUAGUGGACAACUACGACCUAUCCUCACUUAUGACCCUCAUUUGUGGUGCCGCUCCCUUGAGUAAAGAAAUCGAGGAUCGAGUUCGUGAUCGACUGGGAAUUGCUUUCAUCCGGCAGGGCUACGGCAUGAGUGAAACAACACUGGGAGUUCUGAUGCAAACAGGAUUUGAAAACAAGGCCGGUUGUGUUGGCAAAAUCCGGCAAGGUCAAUGGGUAAAGGUUAUUGACCCGGAAAAUGGUCGAAUCCUGGGACCCAAUGAGAGGGGAGAACUUUGCUUUAAGGGAUCACUCAUCAUGAGAGGCUACGUCGGCAAAGAGAGUGCCAUCGAUCGAGACGGGUGGCUGCAUACCGGCGAUAUCGGGUACUACGACGAAGAUGAGGACUUUUUCAUCGUCGAUCGGAUCAAAGAAUUGAUUAAGUACAAAGGUUUCCAGGUUCCACCGGCCGAACUGGAAGCAAUUCUUCUCAAACACCCCAAGGUGAAGGACGCGGCCGUGAUUGGCGUUCCGGACGAGCGAGUUGGCGAACUGGCGACGGCAUUCGUCGUACCCGAGGACGGAGAAACGAUAACGGCUGAGGAAGUGUCGAAGUUCGUUGCCGAUCAAGUGUCGCCGCAGAAGCGCCUCUAUGGGGGUGUUCGAUUCAUCGAUGCUAUUCCAAAGACGGCCAGCGGGAAAAUCUUGCGACGGGAACUGAGAGAAAUCGCUAAAAACACCAAAUCUAAGCUUUGAUGAUGUGUUGAUAUGCAUCGGUGGUUUUCGAGGUGGUACGCUAUUUAUACGGUGAAUCAUGAUUCAAACUGGUGGAAGAUAAGAAAGAAUAAAUGAACAACUCGUCAAGGAAUGAAUUACUUCUGCUC